AUGACGCUGGAUGCUUUGAAGAAGGGAGCAGAGUUUGCUUCGUAUGCCGAUUUCAUGAAAUCUCUCAACAGUUUCCAAAUUAUGACAAACAGCGUUUUUGUGAUUGAGACAUCAAAGAGGAUUGAGACAGUCAACAAGCACAUCAAAAGAGAAGAGAACGUUUACAAUUUAAACUUCAAGUAUCGUUAUGCCAAGUAUAUUUGUAAGCAGCACAGCAGCUUCAAGUACCACCAAACUUCAACUCCUGAUGUAGAACCUGUGAAACUCUGCCCUGUGUUCGUAAAAGUCAGUGCUUAUAAAAACAGAAACUGUUUAGUUGUACUGGACUCAUACCUGCUUCACAAUCAUGGAAGUGACGUGAUUUAUAGAACUCCACAAUUGAAAAGAAGGGCUGAAAUUAUAAGAAAGCGAAAACCAAAUGCAAAUUCACUAACAGAUUGUAAAAAAGCUUUGGUAGCCACUGACGUUGAGCAACCAGGAAAAGAAAUUUGUUUCACUCAACAGUAUGAUGAACUGAGCAAGUCAUAUCCUGAAAUCCAUCAACUAGCAAAUGAAUCACAUGAAUCAAACGAAACACAUCUAAUUAAAGAAGAAGAGGAUAGAAAUUUGGAGUACCCAACUGAACACUACAACAGCACUGGAAUGUAUGAUAGCAUCAGCAUUCCACAAAUGUCAAACCAUCUUGAAGACAGCCUUUUAAGAAGGUUGGAUAUGUUGGUUCAGUCUCAGUCCAAAUUUCAAAAAGAGAUAGUUGAUGCUCUCAAAACAGAGUUUACAGCACUUCGAAUGUUGAUGGUGAAGCAACACAAGGAGAACAUAUCACUACUAAAUGAUUUUAUUACCGUUUUUGGUAAAAAUGGAUGUGUGAAAUCUUCUAAUAAUAGUGGUGAAUGA